AUGAGGAUAUGUGGCAGCGGCCAUAAUACCCAGUGGAUAAAAACCAUCGCUACUUUUGGGGUGUCGCCGGUGGGAGGGACGCCGACCAGUGAUGUCGGGAGUGCGAGCGCGAGACCGCGGAAGUCAACAACGGGGUCGCUCUCCCCACCAAGAGCGCACCCGAAUCCGGUGGCGGAAGGACAGACGCCAGACGUCCGGUACCGUAGGUUAAGAGAACAGGUGCACCAGCCCUCCGUGGAUGUCUCGGCAGAGCCUUUCUCGGAAGACUCGACAAUAUUUUCGGUGAAGUUGCAGGCGGAGCCAGUGGGGGAACUAUUGGCGGGACCAUUGAGCGAAGCUUGCCCUGACCUUGUGAAUGAAGCAGUGAGGCAACCGUGGAAAGAGGCUUUGUGGCAACCGUGGCUGAGAGCAUCACCGGAGACAAUGAUGGAAGGUUUGAGCGACCCUUGGAUGGUCUCCAGGGAACGUUUGGUGGAAGCCGGCCCAAAUCCUGUGAUGGAGGAGACCUCGUUAGAACCAUUGAUGGGUGCCUCGGAUGAAUCGCUGACGGAGGUUUUGAGGGAAAGCUGGUCAAACCUUUCCGUGCGACCCGGGGCAGAGCCUGUCAAUCUGGUGGCCGAAACAAAGAUGGGGUACCAAGAGGACUCUGUGGUAACGGAGAUGCUGCCUCAGCACCCCGUGGCUGAGACUUCAUCGGAUCCUUUCUUGGUGAAAGCCCUGGACGAAAUUAGGCCCUGGAUGAGUCUUAAUCUAGGGGCUCGGAUGCUAGACGAGUGCUUGGAGAUGGAGAAUGGCCUCACGCCCAUACUCAGCUCAUCUGAGGAGAUCAGGCUUAUGAGGUUAGCUGAAGCUGCUGUCCUGCGAAACCUGAGAGAGCUGACCAGACGAGAGAGUGGGACCGACCGACCGAUCACCGAUUUGUCGAUCACCGAUUUGUCGAUUGCUGAUUUCGAGGCUUGCUCAUGGCGAUGGCUAAAACUUGCAUUGUUAAUGCGAGAGCGGCAAAAGGAAAUUGGUGCUUUCGCAUACUUGAUUACAGAGUUAGAAGACUUGGUACCUAGACCGGUCGGUUUAUCUGACACCUGGUUUCUGGCUGGUGUCGUGCAGAGAUUCCUUUCGUCGUAUAAUUUGUCUAACUGGAUGCUUCCUGCGGUGGCUUCGCAGAGCGGCUGGGGUUGCAGGAAGAUGAUUUUUCGGGUGUCCUUUCCAGGUGAUAUUGUUCGUUUACCGGAGAAUGAGGACUCCAUAAAACGCGUUUGCGCCUGCUCAAAGCUAGACUGGUGGUUCCGUCAAGCUCAUAGAAAUAUUAUCAUUGACGAAGAAACAUGGAAGGCAUCGGAACGGCCAUAUCCCAUCUCCGUUGUUCAACGUGCUCUGGGCAAGCGGGCUUUUGACGAAGCCAUAAAGGCAAUGAGGGAUGUAAUACCGAGCCACAGAGAAUUGUCGAAUACAGACUACCUGGCUUGCUUACUCAAAUUUGCUGAGACACUUCCACCGAAACAGUUCAAGACGAACGUUAUUCAGAGUCGUACUUCCAGGAAAGCCCGUGGUCGUCCAAACGCCACCCGUGGUCGUCCAAACGCCGCGCGUGGUUGUCCUAACGCCGCCCGUGGUCCUAUCUGUAGCUCUACAGCCACAGGAAAUCCUCGAUCCUCCAUUCCAUGCAACUCCAAUUCUAUUCCAAGCCCGUCUUGUUCGUCACCGUCUGUGGUUUAUGCCGAUGACUCGGUUGAUACCAAGAGGUCGGUUACUGCGGAGAUGACAGGCUUUAUGGCACACAUGCUUGAAGAUUGCGCGGAGCGGGAGAGAACUGAGAGCGAGGGAGCAAGUCUGACGCUGGAGCAGAGGGGAAGUAUCGCAAGACUCGGCUUGCAGAAAUUUCAGGCUGCCUUAUCGCCCACGAAAAAGUCGGUGCAAAAAAAUCGUCAGAGUCGGACACCUAACCCUUUCAACUCGUGUGGGUGGCGAUGGUUGUGUCUAGUGGGACUGAUGAAUGACAACUUGAAGCCGGAUGAGGUUCGUCAAUUAAUUGUCCAGAGUGAAAAGUUAGUGCCGAGACCGGAACACGUGUCGCCGUUAUGGUACUUGGCCUGUCGGAUGCAGGCCUGUCUGAGAAAACGUUGGCUGAAAGCACGUCCGGCAUGGUGGGCAGUCAACAUGACAAUUUACCAGGAUCACUUCCCCCAGACAUUUGGAGAGCUGCCGAUGUCUGAGAAGUCUGCCAGCCUAAUUGCCUUCAGCUCCAAGACUGCACACUGGAUUGCAUCCGGAAUCCGCAGAUUUCACCUGACCUGCAAGACAUGGUCAUCUGGCGCAAAUGGCGGCAUCGUGGAUAUCAUUCACAAGGUCAUGGGAGAUCACUGGUUCAACGAAAUGGUCAAUAUAAUCAAACUGAAAAUUUGUAAACUUACGCCUGAGGAGGGCCCAGAACAAAUGAACAAGUUACCAGAUAAGGCCAUCAUGGAAGCCGUCCUCAGGUACGCGCACAUAGGUCGAAACGUCAACCGCGCAUUCUCCAAUGCGAUCACGGGAACGAACUCGUCAUCGGAUGACGAAUUAUUAUCUCCAAAAAAAGGUAGACCACUUGACUAG